AUGGCUGGCGCAUUGCGUAAAUUUGCUAUCGAACGUCCCGUCAUUUUCUGGUCCUUUGUCAUUGGCAGCAUUGGACCUGUCAUGGUCUGGACUGUGCCACCGAUUCGUCGCAAGUACUUUGGCUUCCAGGGUUAUCCUGAGCUCCCAGUGACCUAUCCCAUCCCUAACCGCGCACGCAACCCACCUGCCGGCUACGAGGAUUAA